GAAAGCGAAAGCGGUGCUCCAGCAGUUCGCAGGCGCUGUGGGCCACCUCGUUCCGGCUCUGUAACCUCUACACUGCCGCUCUGCCCGGAGACUGGUGACGCGGCGGGCUUACCGCGCCGCCAUUGGCCGCGCUCCAGGCGGGUGUAAGCGAGCUGCGUGCGGGCGGCCGGGGCCACUCCCCGAGGAGCGCGGAGCGGAGCGGAGCGGAGCGGAGCGGACAGCGGAGCCAUGGGGAAGGCGGCGGCGGUGGUGCUGGUGACCCUGGUGGCGCUGCUCGGGCUGGCGCAGGCCGACCUGACGCCCAAGGUGCAGGUGUACUCCCGCUUCCCCGCCUCUGCGGGCACCAAGAACGUCCUCAACUGCUUCGCGGCCGGCUUCCACCCACCCAAGAUCUCCAUCACGCUGAUGAAGGACGGCGUGCCCAUGGAGGGUGCGCAGUACUCCGACAUGUCCUUCAACGACGACUGGACGUUCCAGCGCCUGGUGCACGCCGACUUCACGCCCAGCAGCGGUUCCACCUACGCGUGCAAGGUGGAGCACGAGACCCUGAAGGAGCCGCAGGUCUACAAGUGGGAUCCCGAGUUCUGAGCUGUGCCCGGGAUGAGCACGGUCUGAAGAAUUCUGCAUUCCAAGUUGAAAUGAGCUUGAGCUUCUGUCCUUUCUUUGCAUCGCACUUCUGGGUAUGACGGCAAAGAGCAAGCAUCUUCAUCAUGAAAUUCCUUCUUUUAGGAUGCUCUCCCCUAGGGUUAGCAGCAGUGCUCUGAACUUUGUGUUCCUGACUUUCUUCAGUGUGGAAUUAAAGCUCUGAGGGAUUAAGAUAUGAGGAAAAGCUUGCUGGGGGGGGGGGGGGGGGGGAGGAAGGGGCUUGCAGCCUUUAGGAGUGUGGCAGAUGUUUUGCAAAUACAGAGAUGCUGUUGAAGAUCCCCUGCAGGGAUGCAGGGAGAUGCAAAGCAAGUUGAUUGGGAUUGGAAUUGUGAAAAUCUGUAAUGCAAAUUCGUGCCUUCGAAAGUUGUGCAUAACUAUCCCCCAGGAAAGGUACGUAAUUAAUAGUGAUAAAUCAGUAAACCCUACUCUGUAACAGCUGUCCUCCAUAAACAAUUGCUGGAGCUUGUGUUAAAAUAUCUUUGACUUGAAGCAGUAAUCCCACCUCGGCUUAUUUGAGCACGUAGCUCUCAGUAUCUGCACUGCCAAUUAGAUCUGUUGGAGCUCUUUGCUGGUGUGAAUUGUACAUGAGUUUUACCUAAAUAAAACCAGAAAAGAUUAAAUGCUGGUUUUCAGGGCACACAGGCUCAGAGCUGGGCCGAGGGGAGGUGUGGGGCGUCAGCUGCUUUCACCUCCACGUGUUUUGUUCCUUCCAUGAGCUGCCUUGGGAGGCGUUACCGAACGGAGGCGGCAGUGCUGCACAGUGGGGCCGCUGCUGUGGCUCUGUGGGGGGCUGCUGUGGUCACGUUGUCCUGCUGGGUCCAGCUGUACCUGGGGGGUGCGGAUCUCGGGUCUGGGCGGGGGGGAUUUAUUGCAGUGCUUUCAUGGAUGAAGAUUGGCCUGCUCGAGGUUGAUGCAGUUCUGGCUUGCUUUGUAGACUGCUCUGUUAUAUUUGCACUGUCUGUGCUGAGCAAUGAGAUGUAUGCAAACCUCUGUCUUUCAGCUUUGCUGGAAGCCACGCUUUACUCAAAGACACAGCAUUUGCUGACGAGCGGCCGCCGCUCCUCACCUCAGAUUAAAAUACCUGAAAGCAGGCUCUGGUCUGAA